AACAAUCCUGAAUACAAACUUAGACUUUUAAUAUUUUCUUAUUUAGUGACUUCGAGAAUUAAAAAUGGACCUGAGUUAAUUUCACCUUGUUUUGGGCUAUUCAAAGUAUUUCUAUAUGCAGUUCAACGUAGUUCAAUAAUGUCUCUACAGAAGAAAAUGUCUUUCUCUCUCAUCAUUUCAAUUCUUGGAGUGUUAGUAGUCACCAUUGUUAUAACCCACAUUACUUUAAACUCAAUUCAUCAAGCCAACUUAAAAUUCAUUUUUAAAAAUUCGGAUUUAAAAACUAUUUGGUAUGGAUUGUUCAUGAACAGUACUAAGGCAGACUGUACUACACCUCACAAUUUAUUUCAAAACAAGAGUCCAGGGGAAACAACUAGUUUCCUCUCCCAAGAAUUUAUCCCAGACGAGAACAUCACUUGCACUCAAACCACAUUCGUGCAAUGCGAAGAGCCUAAAAGAUUUAAACCCAUCACCAACAAAACCUUCAAUGUUGCUCUAUUGAGGAGGCCAUACUGGAUGGACGCUGCCGAAUUCUUCAAUUUCUCGAACUGCGUGUACUCGGGCUGUAACUUUCAGGAUGACCACAUUGACGAGUCCACUCACAUGGUAGUCAUACAGUUGCAGCAUAUGAGAGACAAUUUCACGGUGUUAAGACGUUGGCCUCAUCAGCUGUACGUGGCCACCUCCUGGGAGCCACCCUCGCAUUUACGCGCUCAAUUUGUAGAAGAUAGAAAUUCCUUCUGGAACUCCCAGUUUAAUCUCACAGCCACAUAUCGCACUGACUCAGAUCUAUUUAUUCCUUAUGGAAUGUUGCAGUUUAAGCCUGUCCCUCUCAACAAACGGCCUGACUAUUACAGUAUAGCGCAAAAGAAAUCCAAGUGGGUUGCAUGGUUUGUUUCAAGUUGCAGAUCUCCUUCCAAGCGAGAAAUUUACGUUCAACAAAUGCAGAAAAUCAUCCCUGUAGACAUAUAUGGUCGUUGCGGUGCACCCUGCCAGGACCCCAAACCGAUGUGUUAUACGAGCAAUCUCUUGCAGUACAGAUACUAUCUAUCCUUUGAGAACAACUUCUGCAAAGACUACGUCACGGAGAAAUUGUUUAAGCUCUUCUGGGGCGGCAUGCAUGUCGUUCCAGUCGUCAGAGGGGGUUUCGACUACGAUACACAGUUGCCUGAUCUUACUUACAUAAACGCUGGUAGCUUUCCUAACGCCACCGAGUUAGCCCUUUUUCUUCAGAAGCUUGGACAAGACACAUCUACCUAUGCCAAGUAUUUAGAGCGUAUCGACAUGUAUCGGAUACUGGAUGGAUCUUGGCCGACGAGUAUAGGCUGCAAGGUUUGCAAGUAUCUGCACACAAGGAAACUUCAAAGUCAAAUUGACGAUCUAAAAAAGUGGAUCUCGGAUGAUGUGUGUCACGCUCCAAAGGACAUUGAUCAAUAAAGAUUGCCAACUGUAGUUCGUUAAUAAUUUUUAAACCAUUGCAAGAUUUAAAUUUAUUGUUUCAUAAAGAAAACAAAAUAAAUAAUAUACGAUU